UGAUUUUAUUUAUUUAAGAAAGGACCUUUCGACUAUUCGCGUCGCCGUUGACUUUAGAUAUCGGCUUUCUCCCAUAGUAACACACGCGAUAAGUAACAGUCAACAGUCAACAGUGCGUCGUUAUUUUUUUUUAGCUACGAUUUAGUUGUGAAGCAAAGCUUGAGAAAUAAAGUGUCCUUCGAUUUCCUUAGCGAUGUCGCAAAGCAACGAGAAAGUGAUCGGGAAAGCAGGAAAUGUCGAAUUUAAAGUGAUCCCCAAAACUCUGACCAGUCCAUUUACUGAGCACUUUCCUAAUUACACUGAAGGAUUGGCUAAAGGGUCACCCGGUGGAUUUGUCCUGUCUCCAGAAUACGCUCGUCAUGCCGAAGAAUUGCUGCAAUUCCAACCGAGAAGUGACGAUGUUUGGAUUGUUACUUUCCCGAAAUGCGGAACCACAUGGACACAAGAAUUAGUGUGGAUGGUGAUGAACGAUUGCAACGAAGAAGUUGGGUUGACACUACCUUUGAAUCUACGUUCCCCUUUUCUUGAGUUUCCUUACCUCACUCCGGCGCAACCGAAAGACGCUCCACUGGAAUUGAAUAAAUUAGUUUCUUUGGAAACUAUUGAAAAGAUGCCAUCGCCACGUCUAAUCAAGACCCACUUGCCAUUAUACCUUCUCCAUCCAAAUCUGCUUGACACUAGCAAGGUAGUUUACGUGGUCCGCAAUCCAAAGGACGUAAUCGUUUCCUACUUGUAUCACCACAGACUGAUCAAAUUUCAGUACUUUACUGGAACAUUGGAUCAGUUUGCUCAGUAUUUCAUGGAUGACGAAUUGUACUAUUCGCCGUUCUUCGCUCACGCCUUGGAGGCUUGGGCUCAGCGCCGUCACCCCAACAUGCUGUUCCUUUUUUACGAGGACAUGAAAAAUAAUUUGAGGGGAGAAAUCGAACGAGUCGCUGAUUUCCUUGGUAAAAGCUUGUCGGGAGAACAACUGGCCAGACUCGUCGCUCAUCUUCAGUUCGAAAAUUUCGCAAAGAACGAAUCAGUCAACUUUGAAGCGGGAAAACAAAUGGGUUUUAUGAACCAAGAAGGGCGUUUCAUCCGAAAAGGAGAAACAGGAGAUUGGAAAAAUCAUUUCAGUCCGGAACUAAACGACCGAAUCGACCAAUGGAUCGAGAAAAACCUGGCGGGGACAGAUUUGAAAUUCGUCACGGAAUUGCGAUGAAAAUUGAAUAAAAUCCAGUUGGCUGUAACGGUUUGGAGGAUGAUUGACACCUGAGGAUGAAUGUUUACCGCGAUCGAACUUGGAUAUGGAAAUCAAAAUUCACAUUUCACAGUCCGCAAAGUAGUGUUGCAUAAUUCCUGGAAAUACUCGAACCCAAUAAAAAAAGAAAACAAGAGAGCCUCGAAUUUGCGCCCUCAUUGUAAAAUCCCCGACAAAAAUCGGUCAAACAAAAAAACCGAUGAUUCAGCAAUAUCAAUAAAACUGUUUCCCUAGCCAAAUCAAUGCCAUAAUAAAUAAAAAGAUUACAAUUUUAAGCAAUAUUUAAUGAAGUUGAAAAAGAAAUGUGGCGCACUCGGUAUGCAAAUAAUGAGGCCCCAUCGUUUUUUGAUAGAUGGCAGGCUAAUAAUAUUCAAAUGUGGAUUUUCACUUCUCUCAUUUCUCAUUCAUCGUGCAGGUUCAAUUAUGCAAACGAUAUUAAAAAAAAAAAUACAUAAAUGGAUAACAAAACCAGCACAGCGAGAAAUAAUGAAUCAAAAAAGGGAAGAAAGAUUCUGGUUCGGUGUAGCAGAUUGCGUAUAAAUUAUAGCCACAAUCAGCGAUUGACAAAUGGAACUGGGCGUAGUCCGGGACGUCAAACGAAAUCUGAUGACAAUUACAAAACAAUAACUUGAAAAGAACCCUGGACUGGAACGAAAAACUGUUAAUACUCGCACACGAAUAAAGCGAAUAACAAAGAUGAACAAGACAAUGCAAACCCUUCUAUAAUUGAUGCCUGAUGGGCUUAUGCUUAACCCAACACCAAACACGCAUUAAAUAUUUUAAAAAUCAAGACUGUGUAUGCAAGAUUACAAAAAGCACAAUUAUAGCCUAGUGCAGUAAAAAAUUUGGUUACAAAACGAACGUGAUAUUAAAACAACAAGACACUUGACAAACUAUUCGAUAAAAGUAACAGGCGAGAGGGUCGCAUUUCACGCGGUGAAGUUACAACCGAGACCCAAUCCAAUGAGCGAAGUAAAACAUC